CCAGCUCUGGGCGCCGGUUAAGAUCAAGGUUCCCGUCGCCGGUUCCAUGGAGGCGCCGGUGGAGGCGGAAGUUGAAAAUGGGGACGGCGACAGCAGCUGCGGGGACUUGUGCUUCAUGGAUAAAGGCCUGCGAAGGUAAAGGGUGCUGCUCAGCCAGAAGCAGCCUGCGCAUUCCCCGGACGGCAGUUGUGGCAUAUCAGAGUUAUCUUUAGAUUCAACCCUUCAUGCCAUCAAUCUUCAUUGCAAUAACAUCUCAAAAAUUGAAGCCAUUGAUCAUGUUUGGAAUUUACAACACUUAGAUCUGUCAUCCAAUCAAAUAACUCAAAUUGAAGGGCUAAAUACACUGACAAAACUAUGCACUUUAAAUUUGUCCUGCAAUAUGAUCACAAGAAUAGAAGGUUUGACUUGAAACACUAAUUAAUCUGACUAGAUUGAAUUUAUCUUAUAACCACAUCAAUGAUCUUAGUGGUUUGAUCCCCCUUCAUGGAAUUAAACAUAAACUCAGAUAUAUUGACUUACAUAGUAAUUGUAUAGAUAGUAUCCAUCACUUACUUCAGUGUAUGGUAGGAUUGCACUUCUUGACUAAUCUCAUUUUGGAGACAAAUGGAGAAGAUAACCCUGUCUGUCGUGUACCAGGGUACAGAGCAAUUCUGCUCCAGACGUUGCCACAGCUUAGAAUCCUAGAUUGCAAGAACAUAUUUGGUGAGCCAGUAAAUUUGUCAAAAAUAAAUUCAUCACGCCUACAGUGCUUAGAAGGUCUUUUGGAUAACUUAUUUUCUUCAGAUUCUCCACUAAAUAUAAGUGAAGAUGAGAUAAUUGAUAGUAUGCCAGUGGUAACACCACCCAUCGAUGAGAUAGUUCCCUUGGAUCAGUUUGCAUCACCAACAGAUACUGGUUUGACAUCCUUUAUAUCUGUAUGUCCAUCUUCUGAGCCAGAGAAAGUUAAUCAUGAAAACAAUUUUAAUAAUGACAUGAAACUUCAGAAAAUAGAUGAUCAAAUUUUACAGCUUCUCAAUGACACUUCCGAUUCUUUAAUAAGUAAUGUGCCCGAGAAAGAUCUCAGACCAAAAAGAGAUACGGAUAUGACUUCUGAAAGCGAAUAUGGAAACAGAAAAGAAUGUAAUAGGAGAAUUCCUCGAAGAUCAAAAAUCCCAUACUAUUCCAAAACUAUUCAGACUAUUAAGCACCACAACAAAAACAACCCUUUUAUGAGUUGUAAUCGUAAAAUGAAACAACCUUUCUUUAAAGACUUCUAUGUAAGAUCAUCUUUAGCAAACUGUAAUACAUUAGAAGAAUCAGAAGAACAGAAAAAGGAGCUCAUUAAAGGAGACAAUAGUAGCUCAGAAGACACCACUUACCGGACACUCCUUCAACAACUAGACCAAGAGAGAGAGAAGAGGUGGAAAGCUGAACAAGCUGAAAAGAAACUUAGGAAUUAUAUUGAUGAACUGCACAAACAUGCAAAGGAGAAAAAAGGUUUUCAUACCCUGGCUAUGCUCACCACAGAUAGGUUAAAGGAAAUUAUAUAUAAAGAGAGAAAUUCCAAAGCACAACUCGAAGUUAUGGUUCACAAACUUCAAAACGAAGUAAAAAAUCUAAGUAUUGAAUUAAUCAAAGCAAGAGAUCAACAAGAGUAUCACAUUAGACACUUAAGAACCCUGGAAAAAGCAUUAGAAAAAAUGGAGAGGCAGAAGGGACAACAGCAAGCAGCACAGAUACGACUUAUCCAAGAGAUGGAGCUCAAAGCUGCUGCUGCUGAUAGAGAAAUAAACUUACUUAGAACUUCUCUUCAUCAAGAAAAGGAACAAGUACAACAACUUCAUGAAGUUCUUACAUUGAAAGAACAAGAACACAGGAAAGAACUUGAAACAAGGGAGUUUCUCAGUGAUGCUGAGUUCCAAGAAGCCUUAGCUAAAGAAGUAGCUAAAGAAGAAAGAAAGCAUGAACAAGAUAUAAAAGAGUACCAAGAAAAAAUUGAUACAUUAAACCAACAGUAUAUGGAUUUAGAAAAUGAAUUCCGUGUUGCUUUAACUGUUGAAGCCAGAAGAUUUAAAGAUGUUAAAGAUGGUUUUGAAAAUGUUGCAACUGAGUUAGCAAAGAGCAAGCAUGCUCUUGUUUGGGCUCAACGAAAAGAAAAUGAAUCUUCCUCUUUAAUUAAAGAUUUGACCUGUAUGGUGAAGGAGCAAAAAACAAAACUUGCAGAAGUUUCGAAAUUGAAACAGGAAACAGCAGCAAAUUUACAGAAUCAAAUCAACACCCUUGAAAUCUUGAUUGAAGAUGACAAGCAGAAGAGUAUUCAAAUAGAACUUCUCAAGCAUGAAAAAGUCCAGCUCAUUUCUGAGCUAGCCGCCAAGGAAUCACUAAUUUAUGGUUUAAGGACAGAAAGAAAAGUAUGGGGGCAUGAGCUGGCACAACAAGGAUCGUCUCUAGCCUUAAAUCGUGGCAAAUUAGAGGCUCAAAAUGAAAGUUUAUGUAGAGAGAAUGAGUCUCUGAGAAAGGCAAAUGAACGUGAUAAUGAUGCAUUAAGAAUUAAGUGCAAAAUCAUAGAAGACCAAACUGAAACCAUUGGAAAAUUAAAAGUUUGUGUACAAGAAAAAGAAGAACAAAUCAAAGUAUUACAAGAAAAGAUCAUUGAAAUACAAAAAUGUACCCAAGAACAACUUGAUGAAAAAUCUUUACAACUGGAUGACAUAAUUGAAAAACUGGAAAGACACAAUGAAAGAAAAGAAAAACUAAAACAGCAGUUGAAAAUAAAGGAAUUAGAACUUGAAGAAAUUAGAAAAGCUUAUAGUACACUUAAUCAGAAGUGGCAUGAUAAAGGAGAGCUUCUAAGUCAUCUGGAAAUGCAAGUAAAAGAAGUAAAAGAAAAAUUUGAAGACAAGGAAAAGAAACUUAAAGCGGAAAGAGACAAAAGUAUUGAACUACAAAAGGAUGCGGUGGAAAAGCUUCAUAGUAUGGAUGAUGCCUUUAAAAAACAAGUUGAUGCAAUUGUUGAAGCUCAUCAAGCUGAAAUAAUACAACUAGCAAGUGAAAAGCAGAAAUACAUUGAUUCUGCAAAUUUCAAGGUUCAUCUAGUUGAAGAAGAAAUGCGUGAACUUCUGCAAGAAACAUGCAAGAACAAAAAAGCAAUGGAAGAAAAAAUUAAGCAACUUGCUUUUGCUCUAACUGAAAUUCAGCGAGAAAUGUGAUGUUUCUGAGAAUGAAUUUAAUUGAAAUGGAACAGCAGACCUAUUGUAAAAAUGAUUAAAUAUUGUAAUAGUAGUAACUGCUACGACUUUGAAAUGUCUCUUUGUACACAUUUCAUUCUGAUUAUAUUUUAAAAGACUUUUGAUCAAGUAUUUUUUAAUUGUAUCUGUAGGUUUCUAUAAUAAAUUGUUGAUAAUAUGUGUAUUAGAAAAACCUAUCAACCAGAUUUAUGACACUUUCUUGUUUCUGUGCUAUAUAUACAUUGUUUGGCAAUUACACAUUUGCCUACAAAUAUGUAAAUAGAAAUUAAGAUUAGUAUUUAGACUAUAUGAGGUAAAAUAUUUUCAUCAUUGUUACAUUAUUGUGUUGAUGAAAAACUAAUAUAUAUAUUGGUCAUCCUUUAGUUGAUGUAGCUCCAUUUUUUUCAUAAGUGUAGCUGAAAAGAUUUGAAGUCUGUAUGAUAAAGAUGUGGCAUUCUUAACAAAGCACAGGUAACCAUCUCCACAUCACUCAUAAUGACCCCUUUUUUAGAAUGCGUAUGACUUUUUCAUUAAAGAUUAUACUUAAGGUUUUA